AUGUUGGUCAUCAUCUUCUACCUAGCAGCAGCCGUGUCACUGGGAGUUCGCGGUGACAUCGAGAUUGAUCGAUUCGUGUCCGACCCCACUGGAGCUUUAACGGGCAUGCAUGUCCUUCUCGAUGCAGAGAUCGGAUUCUUCUCCACGGAAUUCCCUGAGGAAGUCUGUAGCAGUACAGUGCCAGCGUAUGCAAUAGACGACUCCCAGACCGAGCCGAGGUCCGCGGACUACUUCCGUUACCAGCAAUUGCGGACGGAUCCUGGGCAGGACCCUCAGCAGAUUAACCUUUACCAGGGGCCAUGCCCACCGUCCCAUCCGAAUGCCCUGGCUUACUUGGACAGCUCUCUAGCAGGGAGGAUGGUGAAUAAGUCCUAUACGUAUGUGUGCCUUACUACAGACUGGGUGCCGGAUGGGGGAAUGGAACCUCUGCCACAUAGUAGAGACCAGGUAGGGACAGGGCAGACUGUUCGACUCGGCCAAUGUGCCGUGAAUAUUAUCGCUCUCGAGAUUGGCCCACAGAUAUGUGUCUACGGCGCACGACUGGUCCCUCCGAUGCCUGGACGGCGCGGAGGUAUAUUCUCUAGACAGAAGCAACCGGUGGCUUAUGGCUUCGAUACGACCUUCUACUUCACCGUGCUCCAUGCCUCGCAACACUGUCCAGUGUUGGCCCCGACCAGCGGAGGUCGGCGAUGGUGCAUGCCGCAGGGGGGCCGAGGCUUCGCCUUCCUAGUGCAGAAUGAGGGCAGUCCGCCGACUUUAGAUGAGAAGAUAUCCGCAAUGGAGGCUGGUCAACUGGGCUACAGCUUUGCACGCAACCUGGCUGUUGAAUUUGAUUUCUACCGGGAUACGGAAACGGCUGAUCCCAGCUGGAAUCACAUCGCUGUGAUGGUCCCUUGGGCGCGGCAACUCAGUGAGGGUGAGACUUUGAACUCGGCUGACCACGCUUCGAAUAUGCUGGCGGAGGCCACUGGUGACCGUCUCCCUCAGCUCAACAACGGCACGCAUGAGGUUAGGAUACGAUAUGACGUCCAGGCAGGGGAGCCGAGGUGGGAUAGGGCCUUCACGGGCUGGUCCAGCGACUUCAUAGGGGGAAGCCAGCAGCUCAACACACUCGAAAAUUGGGCCAAUGGUCGUAUGGGGGCACUUAGUGUCGAAAUCGAUGGCCAGGUGGUCAUCAAUACACUGGUAGACCUUGCUAAGGUGGUACGCGUUGAUGAUGUGUCAACGUACGAGUAUCCUAAUGUCACUAUGGGAGACGGUGACCCUAGACCUGGUCAUGCCUGGGUCGGCUUUGUCGCGACCACUGAUCUCGACCAUUACGCGGCACCAACAAUACUGAGCUGGAAGUUGAAGGCCCACGACAGAUGCCCAGGCGGGGAUUAUGCACGAGUGGUUGUUGGCUCGGCGAGUGGGGAGGAUCGUGAUGGUCUGGUCUCUGCAGGGGUCGCGGUAUGUGAUAAUGAGUAUAGGCCAGCAGACACUCGUCAGACGUGCACUGGCACUAUGGGGAACACGCACUGCUCUAUAAUUAUCCAGAAUACUGGUCGAACCGCGGUGGAGGUCUCUGCUGCGUAUACAGAUGGUCUCCCAUUGAAUUUCACCAAUUCUCCACGUGUCGCGGUAGACGCUACGCAGACGGUCUCUGUGAAGGCCUUCCGAAGUCGGCCAUGCAGUAAUGGUCUCCUGGAGUGGGACCAGAUCCAUCCGUAUUUCCUGGGCUGCCAGAAGGAGUUCCGAUAUACUAAUACUCUACAGGCCUUGGUCAUCACCAGUCAGGACGGAACCAGGAGUGUCAAGGUCGAUGGUGCCCAUCUACUCAACAUUGCUACUGGAAUUGGAACGGUAGCCUUUAAGAAACGUUCCCCCUUCCGUUACUGUGUGAUGGAGCAUCGACAUAAUCCUUAUCGUCUCUACUUUGCCCAGUGCGACUGCGACUACUGCACGAGGAUCUUCGCCAUUCAAGACAUGUAUGCCGUGUUCCACCAAGCUAGUUGCGGGGCUAGGUAUGGCUUCACGUGUACCUGUCUGGAGGCCUCUCAAAUGACUUGGACCGCGCUGGAAUCAUCCUAUUCGGUGGUUGCCGAUCCGUGGAGGCUUAUGCCGCCAGUCGGUGGCCUUAGUGAGGGAAGACCACUGUUACAGUAUCAGAGGCACUCCGUAUGCCGAGGAUGCAAGUAUGACACCCAUUGUGGGUUCGUGUAUAAGGCAGGGGUGUGUAGUACGGCUUACCAAGUGUAUAGUAUUGGUAACCCGACUACGCCACUAGUCACUCCCCAGCCUAGGUUUCUCAACUGGACUCGAGAUAAUGGUGAAGUGAAUGACGGCGAGAUCAAGGGUGAUUCGUGUGACUGCCUCGAUAUGGGCGACAACGCGAACCACUUUAUCAACCUGCGAGGCCAGAUGCAGUCACAUGACGUCUUUUUACUCAGAACGCUGCAGCAGUCGAAGGAGGAGUGCUUCGAUUGUCUGGCCCUCUACGACGCUGAUUUCUGCAAGUACCAGUGCGGCCCACCAACUCGAGCCGCCCUCCUUCACUGGCCCGCUGGGCAGAGCUGUGGAACCUGUAUGUUUGCUGGGCCCAAGAUGUUGGAGUUGAACUACUAUUAUAGGAAUCAGCUGAAGGAGUGUGCCUACUCGGCAAUCAACGCCGGCAGCGACCCUUGGAUAGCCUGUCAGGAUCUGGCCACGACUUUACCUCCGCUCUUCGAGAACACGACCGAGCUCUUCAAUGGUGUUGCCACACACUUUCUCACUGAGUGCCCUGGUCGGGACUUCACUGAGGUUGGGGCGGUUUGUGCUCCCAACAUGUUGGCCAGGGACAGCAUGCCUUCACAAGUCCUGUCGAGACUCUCUGCCAUGAACAACACGGUAUGGAACGACGGUCUGGAGUGCAUCAACGCAAUGUGUGAGCUCGUCAGUAGCAGCAAUUGCUACUCCAAGUUGGUGAGGUUGGUCUUCAAUAGCACUAAUGGUUGCUAUGACUCCCUGGGCUCUGGUCUGGGCUGCUAUAUCAUGAACGGUGCUCCGAUUGUGGACGACGCGAUGAUCCUGGAUAAGACGCAGAAGCAAUGGGCUUAUACUGGCCCUUUGCCGGCCUCGUGGGGGCAGCUACAGGACAAGACCAUGGAAGUUUGGGUUACUGUGGGCAGCAGUGAGACGGUGACCAAUGUUGGGGUCAAGAACGGUACUACUUCGAUCACUACCUCUGAGUGGAGCGAGGCCUAUGAACCACAGAUGGCCGUCGAUGGAGAUAUGGACACCUACUGGUCAAGCCAUGUGAGUGAUACCUCGGUGUUCGAGGCCGAGUGGGAGGUCCACUUCAACGGCACUAUCUAUGCUGAGGCCACUGUCAUUCAUUGGUUCCAUCGGGCCUUGGAUUUCGACAUUGAAACUUCCAUGGAUGGUGGUCUAACAUGGUCCCAGGUAGGAGUCCAUGAAAACAAUGAUCUCAACACUACGACUAGCACGGUGUUCUUCUCGGCAAACGUGUUGCGAAUUCGAAUGCAUCGAGCUGCAUUGGUCAGAGGCCCCGGACCAAGUGCCGGUUUGUUCGUAUACAGUAUAAGAGACGUUGAGGUGAAGCUCGAUACCAACAUCGCCAGGCUGAAGCCAGUGACCGCGGUGAACAGGUGGAACUAUCCCGCGUUAUAUGCCUUUGAUGGUGACCAACGGACAUGGUGGAGUGCUAGGCCUGGGCAAGGCUCGGCAUGGGUACAAGUGGAUCUGGGCCUGGUAAGGAGUCCGGUGACCCUGGUUAAAGUGAGGUUUAGGAAGGGUUAUGUUCCCGCUGUGAUGGCCUUAUCUUACAGCAGUGAUGGUUUGAUUUGGUCUGCCUUGGCUUGUUCGACCAGCACUUGUGAUACAGCGUCACCUGUCGAGACCAUGGACCUACCCUUCGACCAUGUCCCUGGCGGUCUGGCCUUCCAGUACCUCAAGAUGGACCUAUCACAGGGGGCAUCAUAUUACUCCUCGUCAAUACUACAAGUGGCUGAAGUGGAGGUUUAUGCCUGGACCACGACCAACGUCCUGACCACUCUAGUGUAUCCCUCUGAGCUAACCUGUAUCAAUCAGCGCACGCUCGCAUCAUGCGGUGAUCCCUCAUUGGCCGUGGAUGAUCGUACCGAUGCCGAGUUCAUCAUGGAGUCAUCAGAUGCCAUUGUGAUGGACGUCACAACCAUCACUGAUGGAGGCGUCGCCCUGGGACGGUUCGAGGUCGUUUUUGGUGCGGUCCACCCCGCUCGGGCCUUCGGCUGGCUGGUCUCGACUGACAGUGGCCUUUCCUUCACCGAGAUCUACUCCGAGUCCCAAAACCUGCUCAGUAGUCCCGAUGCUCUCACGUACAUCUCAGACCGUCCAAUACAUCAAGUGAAGUUCAUCAUGUAUGAGCCACACGCUGAUGCAACAGAUGCUGGGGUGUUGGAAAUUAGAGUCUAUAGCCUCACCUCGAACCUAGUUCUUGGUCUGGACCCCACCAGCAACUACCUGGCCGAGGGUACAUGGUCAGCUUCGGAGACGGUCGAUGGUGAUGCGGUGGUCCGGGGAGACCCGAUGCAUGCAAUUGAUGGCAAUAACGAUACGGAUUUUCGAGUGCCCUAUGGUGCCCGACAGCCAUCAUACCUCGCUGCAACAGGCGUGUCCGCUACUGGUGCUGUAUCGAGCAUCACCGAUUUCGCAUUCGACAUCGACUUGGGGGCUACACUAACGGUGGACGUUGUUCACUUGAAGUUCAGCUAUCGAUCGGCUGCGUUUCGAAUACAGUUGAGAUGGUCUACGACGAGUUCUUGGUCAGAGACUUGUGAGUGGGCCUCAGCUCUGGGGGAUCUAGGGGUUACCAGUACUGAGACGCUCGCUGAUUAUGCCUGCUUCUCGGGCCGUAUAGUGAAGAUAGACUCCUUCAACUACUACUACGUGAUCCCCAUCACAAGCUUCGGCACCUACCAUCGUCGGUCGCUGAGAGUAACAUUGAUGAGGGAUAGUAUGAUGGACCAGGCUGGAGAUGACUGGAUCAUGGGCCUGUCCGCUGUGGAGGUGUAUUCGGCGUUCGAGAACAUUGCCUUGAAGAGCACUCCCUUGAUCUCCCAAAUAUCCACGCCGUCAGCCGACCCGGCCCUCGCCAUCGAUGGUCACUUCGACACGUACUGGUACACUACGGUGUCGGCAUCCUCCAACCCGACCUAUACUCUGGACCUUGGCUCCUGUGUGUACAUAUCCCAGGUUACGCUAUGGUUCGGGGCACAGGCCUACACCUCUACAGAGUUCACUAUACAAGGCAGUCCUGAUUGCACAGACUACUCGGACCCUGGGCAGACCUAUGGACCUGGCAAUACCAACCAGGCACCGACCUUUCCCUCAGCGGCCGGGAUCUACUUAUCGGUCUCUCUAGGGUGUAUACAAUGCGUUAGAGUAACCUUUCAAGCUGGACCACCAGACGGCUUGGUCAGGAUUGCGGAGCUCGAAGUGAAACUGGCUGAUGCUGCCUUCCUAGCAUCCUACGACAGUUCCCUCAUCGGCGCUGAAUACGCCCUUGAUGGUGUGGCGGCCACAACGGCGACGACACUGGAUGCGGAUGGUGUGCAUUAUCUACAGGUCACUCUCGGCAGUCUUCAGACAAUCUGGGGCGUAAGGGCGGUCUUUGAGCCCUCAUCGUUCCCAAGAGGGUACACUUUGGGUAUCUGUACCGAGUCUGUUGUGACAAAUUGUGACUGGAGCUCACUUACAGUCUAUACGACUGAUGUGAACAGGGACAACAGUCUAGUCAUCAGCUUCGAGGCUCGUUCAGCUCGGCAUCUUAUGUUCAGUUUGAGACUUCCAGCUGAAUUAGCGGCGGAUACCUUCUCUAAGGACUAUAGGUUGGCGACUUUCGAGGUGUACCAGUCGAGCAAUAUCGCUUUGACUAGUCUGGGGGCAACAGCAAGCGCCAACGCGUACUGGAACCACUCCCCUUCGAAGGCUCUCGAUGGGGACGACUUCACCUUCUGGAGCAGUGAGGUGGAUGCCAGUGAAGCAGAGCUUGUCAUAACACUACAGGACAUCACCACGACUACAGUCCUCCGGCCUUAUUUCGUAUCCCUGGUCUCUAUAGUGGUGAGCAUUAUGGCCGUUUAA